UCAGUUGUCUCUAGCUGAUCGCCGCGAUCUGAUCGUCGUUACACUUCAUUUGAUAGUAAAAUCAGUGAAUUUAAUUUAGGAUUUUCGUGCGGUUGUUUGUGUUAGUGCGACUGUUAACAAAAGGAGCCAUAUAAACAAAAGCAUAGAGAAAUUAAAACAAAAAAAAAACUCUCUUAUAUUUAAAGUGCUUUGUUUAUGCCCAACUUGUGUGUGCCACUUUUCUAAAAAUUUUUGGGUGCCUUUUACACGCUACUUGUGGAUCGGCCACUUUCUUUAACUAAAAAGUACUUUUUCGCGUUGUUAGGCGAGCAUCAAAAUUUGCAUCUACAGAAACCCGCCUUGAUUAAAUUCGAUGUGAACCUGCGGCCCCUUAAAUGAGCACAUGAAUAGAUAACGAACCGAAUCCGUCACUGUUUUGAGAUCGCUUUUUGGCCUCGUGUGAUUGACAAAUUAACGCAUUCAGCUCGAUUAGCAUCUGUAUCCAAACUGGAAAAGUUCUAUUAGCGAUUAGCGAUCCCAUAGCCAGACUUCGGUUCUCAAUUGUCUCUCGAUUGUGGCAUUUUACAGAACCGAUAUAGAAGCACAAUUACGCGGAAAACGACCUUUAGUUGGGCCAUCCCAGAUAUAUUGUAUAUACACCAUAUACACCUAUAUAGAGCCGAUCCGUGACGCACCGCCCAGCGAUUCUACGUUUAGUGGGUGGCGGUGACAGCAUAAGCAAGAAAAACCCAAUAAAUUUCGGCCCAAAUAGCAACACUUGUCUAAAUGCGAGAUCGUCACUUGGCCAAAAUGCCGCGUGGAGGAACGACAACAUCGCGCUAUGAGGAGGAUCCAGAUAAUGCCUGGAAUUGCUGCUCCUGGUGCGAAUACUUGCUGAUCGUCAUCCUGUCCACGAUCCUGCUGGUGGGCGUGCUGGUGCUAACCCUCUUCUGGGUGAUGUUCUACCGCGAUGGCUUCGCCUGGUCGGAGAGUCCCAAGCAGCAGUUCAAUCUGCAUCCCAUCCUCAUGAUUGCUGGCUUCGUCACGCUCUCCGGAUUUUCCAUCUUGAUCUAUCGUCUGUGCCGCUGCGUGAAGCAAAUCUAUGUGAAGCUGAUCCACAUGUUCUUCCACGCCGUGGCCAUUCCGUGCAUCGCCCUGGGUUUCAUAUCCGUCUUCGCUUCCCACGACGCGUUGCAUAAGGUCAACUUCUAUAGCCUCCACUCGUGGCUGGGCUUCGUGACAAUGGGCAUGUUCGUGCUCCAGUUUGUGAUCGGCUUCUUCAGCUUUCUGGUAAUGCUGUGCUGUGAGAACAAGACCUACAGCUGCCGCUCGGCCAUGGUGCCCAUCCACGCCAGCUUGGGACUGGCCAACUUCUGGCUGGCCAUUGCCACAUCCGUCACGGGACUGAUCGAGAAGGAGCGCGAAACCGUCAACGAGGCGGGCGUGAGUGAGAACAAGCUGGUGGAGCACUACAUCACCAGUGCCAUCGGCGUGACCCUGAUCUUCAUUGGCAUCAUCGUCACCUUCGCGGUGCGGCGUUCCAAUGCGCCCGCCUCGGCGAAGGUCUACGUCACGGAGCGCAUUUAGACGGUCCGUCCGGCUCGUCAGAGUCUCCGCCGCCGGAAUUGGUCCACGGCCAGGAGGGUAAGCGAGUCGCAGCAGGUGUACCCGAGGAUUCCGGAACUCGGUGACUUGGACUGGACUUGGGGAAACGGACCGGCGGUGUCCUUUCGCCAGGCUUAGCGCACAGAGACCACGCUUCUGCAACUCUAUCCGAACCCUUUGUAACCUUUUAUAUGCCAAAUUAAAUCCACAUCAUACACUUAGACUACUCCAUAUGGCUAUAAUCAAAACCUUUGCCCACUUUCAAUCUCUCAGUAGGUGUGUAGGAUUAGGAAUCUCAGCAGAUGAGCAGAAGACCAAGCAAGCAAAUCUAAUCAAAAUUUUGACGUGUUCAGCCGAACUUACUGAUGCAUCCAGGCACUUGCAAGCUAGAUUAGCCAGUUUUUUGGUACUAUAGUAGAAUUUUGAUAUACUCGUAAGCCCAUGUAACUAGUGUAUGUAUGAUCGUACCACGUAACGCAUUGAAUGUACGCACUCGGACUCAAAACUGUCGCAUUUGAUGUUUUUUUGUAAUCGUGCAAGUAUUUGUAUUUUCAUAAUGCGCUAAGCAACCUAAGCUGUAAACCAAUUUUACAAACAAAUAAAUACUUUUGCCCUGCCUGAGGGCUCUCAUAAUAAUCGCAAUUGUUUAUGCACUUUUUAAAUAUUUAAAAAACGGUGAGAACUCGGAAAAUAAACAAAUCAUAUUCCCUUGAAAGGGAAAUUAAACAG